CUCUUUGAUCCUGUCAAAUACUUUACUUUUGAUGCUUUUGCCGAUGACUUGAUCUCUCUCUUGGAGGAGAUGAACUUGAAAUCUUCAGUUUUUGUUGGCCACUCCAUGUCUGGUAUGAUUGGAUGUAUUGCUUCCAUUAAGAGGCCAGAGCUCUUCAAGAGGCACAUACUUGUUGCAGCUUCACCCAGGUACAUAAAUUUGGAAGAUUAUGAAGGGGGAUUUGAAAGCUCAGAUGUUGAGCAACUCUUGUCAAGCAUUGAAUCCAACGUCCACCAAUGGGCUUCAAGCUUUGCUUCUCGUGUUGUUGAUCCAAAUGACCCUACCACUGUUGAUAAGUUCAAAAACUCAUUGCAAAGAAUGAGCCCUGAAGCUGCACUCUCCACAGCCAAACUCAUCUUCCACAGUGACAAAAGAGACAUGCUUGAAAAGGUUAUGAUCCCAUGCACCAUCAUCCAGAGCACCAAUGAUCUUGCCGUCCCCACCUCCGUCGGAUACUUCAUGCAAAAGAAGAUCAAGGCCAAAUCAACGGUGGAGAUCAUCGACACAAAUGGCCAUUUUCCUCAGCUAACUGCACAUCUUCAACUCCUGGAGGUGUUGGGUGGAGUUCUUGGUUUGAGCUUUGAUUUCGGUUAAGUAGAGAAGAGGGUG